AUGUCUCUCAAAAUAUCGCAUCCAAUAUUUUCAUUUCUGUGCAAUUAUCUAUCAUUCACUCCUGACAAUCCUAUCUAUCUAUCUGUCUAUCUAUCUAUCUAUCUAUCUAUCUAUCUAUCUAUCAGUUCUAAAAAGAGGCAAGCUAAAACUCUGUAUCUCACUAUCUAUUCAUUCAGUCUAUUUAUCUAUCUAUCAUUCUCUUCAAUAUAUCUCUGUCUAUCUAUAUAUUCAAUGUCUAUUAAUCGAUUUCAUUCUCUUGAAUAUCGAUUUCAUUCUCUUGAAUAUCUGUCUGUCUCUCAUUCUCUUCCAUAUCUGUCUCUCUCUCUCAUUCUCUUUGAUAUCUGUCUCUCUCUCUCUCUCUCAUUCUCUACGAUAUCUGUCUCUCUCUCUCAUUCUCUACAAUUUGUCUCCUUCUUUAAUAUCUGUCUCUCUCUCAUUCUCUUCAAUAUCUUCGCUCUCUCUCUCUCUCUCUCAUUCUCUUCCAUAUCUGUCUCUCUCUCUCAUUCUCUUCCAUAUCUGUCCGUCUCUCAUUCUCUUCAAUAUCUCUUUGUUUCUCAUUCUCUUCCAUAUCUGUCUCUCUCUCUCAUUCUCUUUGAUAUCUGUCUCUCUCUCCCUCAUUCGCUACAAUAUCUGUCUCUCUCUCUCAUUCUCUACAAUUUGUCUCUCUCUUUAAUAUCUGUCUCUCUCUCUCUCUCUCUCUCAUUCUCUUCAAUAUCUGUCUCUUUCUCACUCAUUUUCUUCGAUAUCUUCGCUCUCUCUCUCUCUCUCUCAUUCUCUUCCAUAUCUGUCUCUCUCUCUCAUUCUCUUGCAUAUCUCUCUCUCAUUCUCUUCUAUAUACCUCUCUCUCUCUCUCUCUCAUUCUCUUCCAUAUCUCUCUCUCGACUCAUUCUCUUCCAUAUCUCUCUCGACUCAUUCUCUUCCAUAUCUCUCUCGACUCAUUCUCUUCUAUAUCUGUCUCUCUCUCAUUCACUUCUAUAUCUGUCUCUCUCUUCUAUAUCUGUCUCUCUCUCAUUCUCUUUGAUAUGUUUGUUUCUCUCUCUCUCUUCUAUAUCUGUCUCUCUCUCUCUCUCCCAUAUCUCUUUCUCUCUCUCUUCAAUAUAUGUCUGUCUCACUCUCUUCAAUAUUUGUCUGUCAUUCUCUCUCUCUCUUCAAUAUCUGUUUGUCUAG